AUGGAACCAAUUCUCGGCCGAGGUUAUUCAAUAAAUGAAGAAUCUGAUUUAAUCGAUCAAUAUUCACCAUUAUCAAGUACUAUUGAUGAAGAUUUAGAACAAGAUGAUGACUUGUUCUAUACUGAAGAAGAUAGUUCAUCAGCUGCACGAACUAGUAAUGGAACGUUGUCUACGUCAUCCAUUGAUGAGAUUAGUGGUAUGGGUUUGGGUAUAUUUAAACCACCACCAUUUAAAAUGAUGCCCGUUGAAGCAACACCACCACCAACACCACUCAUUCCACGUCGUUUACUUGAUUCGAUAAAUAAUACAACAAAUGCCUUUCAAAACAUGACAAUUAAUACUAAUUUACCAUUAACACCACCAAGAAGUGCAGAUGGUACUAAUACAAAUUGGUCAUUAGGCAAUUCAACGAAUGAAAUUCGAAACACUAAUUUAUUAUUUCCACGUGUUAAUGAUACUCUAUCGAAGACAGCGACAACUGCUAACUUAUUAACACCGACAAGUAUUGAUCGGUAUCUUAGUAGUCAUCGUCGUUUAUCGGAUUCAACAUUUCCAUCAUCAACAUCACUUGAUCUUUCACUUGCGAUUCCAUCUCUUAACACUACAACACAUAGGCAUCAAUCAGUUUCAUCGCAGCAUAAUGAUUUAAACAAUGAAACAAAUCAUUUGUAUACAUAUAUGGAUCAUGUUGGUGACGGAUUAUCGAACAAUAUGGGAACAUCUUGUGCAUCAGCAACAACUUCGUGGUCAACAUUAAUUAGUUCAAAUGGUACAACAAACGAUGAAUCAAUUUCAUUUUCAUCCUUAUCUCGGCCACGUAUUAAUAGUAAUUCAUAUGUACCUUCAACACCACAACUUAAUUUUAAACCUCUUCAACAGCCUUCACCUCUUCAACCACCACCACCACCACCACCUCAUUUAACAAGUUCACCAUUUUCACAACGUAUGAAUGCAACAAGUUCACUGUUUCAACCUAAUUCAACUCCAACACAAGCGAAUGGUCCAUUUAGUCAUUCAUCACCAUUUCAUCCACAAUCAUCUAUAACACAUCAAACUCAACAAUUAUUACCAUUACCUCAACAAGCACAACGUCCAUUGUGGCAACAACCACCACCGCCUCCACUACCAUCAGUACAACAACAACAUCGCCCUUUACUUCCAAUUGGUAUGCCACCGAUGGCUCACCCUCAACAAUUACAACAACAACAACAACAGCAGCAGCAGCAGCAUCAACAGCAGCAGCAGCAGCAACAACAACAACAACAACAACAACAACAACAACAAAAUCAACCAAUGAUGAAUCAAUUUCAAUCGAAUGAUGCUUGGCUUUUAGCAGAAAUGACAGCUAUGUUACGUCAAAAUCAACAACAACAAAUGGCCGCAUUCAAUGCAAAUAUAACAUUAAGUACAGCGGCACAACAAAUUCUUGCAGCUAAUUCAAAUAAUAAUAAUAAUCGACCAUUACGUUCAGAAAAAAUUGAUAUUGAAAUAAUUAAGCAUCUUAUUCGUGAAGCACGAUGGAAACGACGAUGUGGAAUGAAAAAAGAAGUUUGUGUAUUCUGUCGUAAUAAUGGCGAAAAUGAACUGAUCUAUACAAGUCAUUCUUUAAAAGAUUCAGCUGGUAAUGUAACAUGCCCGAUUUUACGUGCUUAUCAAUGUCCAAUCUGUGGUGCAACGGGUGCUCAAGCUCAUACUAUUAAAUAUUGUCAAGCAGCUGGUGAUGACAAUAGACAUGUAGCAACUCCGUACGAAAAAAUGAUUCGUACACAAUGUAUGCAAACAUUUGGGCUUGAGGAUAAUAUAACAGCAGCAAUGCCUGCAAUUUUCGGACCCAUUGGUAGUCAUUCAUCAGCUAAUAGUCCUGCUUCGCUUUGGCCUGCUUUAGCUGGCGGUUGGCCUGGUAGUAAUUUAUAA